GUUGCUCGUGGGGGCCCCUCGGGCAAAAGCCCUCCCGCGUCAGAGGGCCAACAGGACCGGGGGCUUGUACAGCUGCGACAUCACCUCCCGGGGACCUUGCACACGGAUUGAGUUUGAUGACGAUGCCGACCCUACAUCAGAAAGCAAGGAAGAUCAGUGGAUGGGGGUCACAGUCCAGAGCCAAGGUCCGGGGGGCAAAGUGGUGACAUGUGCUCAUCGAUAUGAAAAAAGGCAACAUGUGAAUACAAAGCAAGAAUCCCGAGACAUCUUUGGCAGGUGCUAUGUACUGAGUCAGAAUCUUAGGAUCGAAGAUGACAUGGAUGGAGGAGACUGGAGUUUUUGUGACGGCCGAUUAAGAGGCCAUGAAAAAUUUGGUUCUUGCCAGCAAGGUGUAGCAGCUACUUUUACUAAAGACUUUCAUUACAUUGUAUUUGGAGCUCCGGGUACUUAUAACUGGAAAGGGAUUGUUCGAGUAGAGCAAAAGAAUAACACUUUUUUUGACAUGAACAUCUUUGAGGAUGGGCCCUACGAAGUUGGUGGAGAGACUGACCAUGAUGAGAGUCUCGUUCCUGUUCCUGCUAACAGUUAUUUAGGCUUUUCUUUGGACUCAGGGAAAGGUAUUGUUUCUAAAGAUGAGAUCACUUUUGUGUCUGGUGCUCCAAGAGCCAAUCACAGUGGGGCUGUGGUUUUGCUAAAAAGGGAACUGAAGUCUGCACAUCUUCUCCCCGAGUACAUAUUUGAUGGGGAAGGUCUUGCUUCUUCCUUCGGCUAUGACGUGGCUGUGGUGGACCUCAACAAGGAUGGGUGGCAAGAUAUAGUUAUUGGAGCCCCACAGUAUUUUGAUAGAGAUGGAGAAAUUGGAGGGGCAGCAUAUGUCUACAUUAACCAGCAAGGCAGAUGGAAUAAUGUGAAGCCAGUUCGUCUUAAUGGAACCAAAGACUCUAUGUUUGGCAUUGCUGUCAAAAAUAUUGGCGAUAUUAAUCAAGAUGGUUACCCAGAUAUUGCAGUUGGAGCUCCCUAUGAUGAUAUGGGAAAGGUUUUUAUCUAUCAUGGAUCCGCAAAUGGAAUAAAUACCAAACCAACACAGGUUCUUGAGGGUUCAACACCUUAUUUUGGAUAUUCAAUUGCUGGAAAUAUGGACCUUGACAGAAAUUCCUACCCUGAUGUUGCUGUUGGUUCCCUCUCAGAUUCAGUAACCAUUUUCAGAUCCCGGCCUGUGAUUAACAUUCAGAAAACCAUCACAGUGACUCCGAACAGAAUUGACCUCCGCCAGAAAACGUGUGGGGCCCCUAGCGGGAUAUGCCUCAAGGUUAAAGCCUGUUUUGAAUAUACUGCCAAACCCACUGGUUACAAUCCUCCAAUAACAAUUGUGGGCACACUUGAAGCUGAAAAGGAAAGAAGAAAGCAUGGGCUGUCGUCAAGAGUUCAGUUUCGAAACCAAGCAUCUGAGCCCAGAUAUUCUCAGGAACUCACUCUAAACAGGCAGAAGCAGCGGCUGUGCAUGGAGGAGACCCUGUGGCUGCAGGAAAACAUCAGAGACAAACUGCGUCCCAUCCCCAUAACGGCUUCUGUAGAGAUCCAGGAGCCCAGCUCUCGCCGGCGGGUAAACUCACUUCCAGAAAUUCUUCCGAUUCUGAAUUCAAACGAACCCAAGACAGUCCAAACUGAUGUACACUUCUUAAAAGAAGGAUGUGGAGACGACAAUGUGUGUAACAGCAACCUUAAACUAGGAUAUAAGUUUUGUACCCGAGAAGGAAACCAAGACAAAUUUUCUUAUCUCCCAAUCCAAAAAGGUGUUCCAGAACUAGUUCUAAAAGAUCAGAAGGAUAUUGCUUUGGAAAUAACAGUGACAAAUAGUCCCUCUGAUCCAAGAAAUCCCAAAAAAGAUGGCGACGAUGCCCACGAGGCCAAACUCAUAGCGACAUUUCCCGACACCCUGACAUACUCAGCAUACCGAGAGCUGAGGGCUUUCCCUGAGAAACAGCUGAGUUGUGUGGCCAACCAGAAUGGCUCCCAAGUAGACUGUGAACUCGGAAAUCCUUUUAAAAGAAAUUCCAGUGUUACUUUUUACUUGAUCUUAAGUACAACUGAGGUCACCUUUGACACCACUGAUCUGGACAUUAACCUGAAGUUGGAAACAACAAGCAAUCAAGAUAAUUUGGCUUCAAUUACAGCUAAAGCAAAAGUGGUUAUUGAACUGCUUUUAUCGGUCUCUGGAGUUGCUAAACCUUCCCAGGUGUAUUUUGGAGGUACGGUCAUGGGUGAGCAAGCUAUGAAAUCUGAGGAUGAAGUGGGAAGUUUAAUAGAGUAUGAAUUCAAGGUGAUUAACUUAGGUAAACCUCUUAAAAACCUUGGCUCAGCAACCUUGAAUAUUCAGUGGCCAAAAGAAAUUAGCAAUGGCAAGUGGUUGCUUUAUUUGGUGAAAGUGGAAUCCAUAGGGCUGGAAAAGAUAGUUUGUGAGCCGCCGAGGGAAAUAAACCUCCUGAACCUAAAGGAGUCUCACAAAUCAAGAAGGAAACGAGAAAUUGCUGAAAAACAGAUAGAUGAUAGAAGAAAAUUUUCUUUAUUUACUGAAAGAAAAUACCAGACUCUUAACUGUAGUGUGAAUGUGAAGUGUGUGAACAUCAGGUGCCCACUGAGUGGGCUGGACAGCAAGGCUUCUCUUGUUCUGCGGUCGAGGUUAUGGAACAGCACGUUUCUAGAGGAGUAUUCCAAGAUGAACUACUUGGACAUUCUGGUGCGGGCUUCCAUUGAAGUGACCGCCACCGCUGGAAAUAUCAAGCUGCCACAUGCAGGCACUCAGGUUCGUGUGACUGUAUUUCCCUCAAAGACUGUGGCUCAGUACUCAGGAAUAUCUUGGUGGAUCAUCCUCGUGGCUGUUCUUGCUGGGAUACUGAUGCUUGCUCUGUUAGUGAUUUUACUCUGGAAGUGUGGAUUUUUUAAACGCUCUAGGUACGAUGAUAGCGUUCCCCGAUACUAUGCUGUAAGGAUCCGGAAAGAAGAACGAGAGAUCAAAGAUGAAAAGUAUAAUGAUAACUUGGAAAAGAAACAGUGGAUCACAAAGUGGAACGAAAAUGAAAGUUACUCCUAGGGGGGGUCAGAAAAGCUUCACAGGACCCAAAAUGCCUUUUUUUUUCAACUCAGACAUUCAAAUGGAUUUAUAAGCCUGUUCAAAAUCUGAAGAUUGAUUUCAGACUGACAACACGCAGUACGAAGCUACAGUUGAAACUGUGGAUAUUGUUACUCAGCCGAAGGUGGCUCCUGGUUUGCACAGCCAAAUUUAAGACUAUUGGAGUGGAUUUUUCUUUAACUGCCUUAAUUUAAUUUUCUGGGUUGCCUUUGAUUUUGGUGUGGUUGACUUAACACGUGCUGGGGAAGGGCCUGCCCAGCUACACGCAGGCGACAUCCUCCUGAGGGUGUAGCUGGAGCAGGGUACCAGGAUCACCCACACUCACCGAGUGGCCGGCCCAGUCUGCCGCCGUAGGGUUGGAGAACGUGCAGAUUAACUGUCCUGCGGCACAGGGCUCUGCUGUUGGGGUUGUCCUGUCUCGGCUUAAAGUGCUCUUAUUAAAUGUGCAAUAGGUGACAUUGCCAUCCUGUCCUUGCUCCGUUUCCUAGAUGUGUGAAUCCUUGCACUCGCCAAAUGCCUGCAGGUUUCCUUCUCCUUUUCACUAAAACACACAGGUGCAGCAGACUUGAAUGCUAGUUAUAUUUGUUUGUGUAUGAUAUUUAUUUUUUCUUCAAACCAUUUUGUUAUUGACUAACACGCCAAAGAUCCUUCAUGUUGGUUUACGCAAUCAGAAUUAGAACAUGGCAGGUCAUUAGUUUGACCUAAAUGAUUUACUGCCAGAAGAUAAUAAUAAUUCUUUGUAAAUGUAUCCAAGAGUUGUUUUAAUAACUUAUCUGUAAAUUAUAACAUCUCCUUGGCAUCCCCUCCCCCCAACCCAAAAGGUUGAAGAAAGGAUUUAACUGUUUAUCAGACAUCUGAUAACUUUUUAGUUUAGAGACCUAUGUGAUAUUUUUAGAUUUCAUGCUAUAACUUUCAGGAACUUUUAAAGAAAAUGAUUUUGUUCCUUGAACUCUAGGACAUGUUUACUCACUGCUGCAAAUACUGUAUAUUGAGGGCUUGAAAGAAACUGGUGAGCGCAGAGGGUGGGUCCAGACCCAUCCAGUGUGAGACUACUGAGUGAGUAUCUGCUACCAAAACCAUGAUUCUAGUCAGGCAGAAUAUCAUAGCUCCUAACUUUUAGGUGUCAUUGGAGCCAUUCAAUCAGUGAGUCAAUGUUAUUUUAUUUUGUUUCUUCCCCUAUCUGAAUUCCCCAAAUGACUUUGGGGGACUACCUUAACAAGAUCUUUAAAUGGUUUAAUUGUAAAGCUGUGUGGAUGGGAGGAGAAAGACAAUUGUCACUCUAUAUAUUCAACAGAGAUUGAAUAAAUAUGAAACCUGACUUUUACAACUUACUGUGCUUUGAUAUAUUAAGUUAUAUGGGAGCAACAGCAAACAGGUGCUAAUUUGGAUGUAGUACAAGCGGUGUAUCAAUCUUUUUUUUGUACCGGGGAUCGAACUCAGGACUUAGCACUUGCGAGGCAGGGCGCAGAGUCAUUGAGCUAAAUCCCGGGCCCUCAGUCUUUUAAAAGAACAAAAGACAGCUGUAUGUGCCAUUGUUGCUUUGGCAUUUUUUGUUUGUUUGUUUGUUUUUCUUUUUUACAAAUCUUACAUCCUUAGGAUACUAAGAACUUUAUUCUGGUUGUAUUUUAGAGAUUUUAUUCAAAAAAUAAUUUUGCAAAUGGAAUUUUGUUUACAAAAGUUUCUCUAAAACAGGUUAUAACAGUGUUUAAAGUCUCAGUUUCUUGGGUAAAUUGGAGCCUAACUCACUGGCUUUGUUAUAGGACACUAAGAAGCUGAUAUUUUGACAGUGUUUGUAAGCCUUUGUUAUAAAAAUAAAUGUCCUGAAAAGAGGGGUGGGGGAGGGGUAGUUUAACAACAAAGAAAUAAGAAUGUUAUGGUAUUUCAAUUUAUAGUUGUUAAAAAUGUCAUCUCAAGUCAAGUCACUGGUCUGUUUGCAUUUGAUACAUUUUUUAUACUAACUAGCAUUGUAAAAUUACUUCAUGAUUAGAAAAUACCUGUGGAUAUUUGUAUAAAAGUGUGAAAUAAAUUUUUUAUGAAAGUGUUCA